AUUGACUUUUACAGACAUUUUCAUUUCGAAAUUCGUAGAAACAAAUUGUUUUUUUACGAAGUGUUCAAAAUCUAAAAGUUUAAAGAAAAAUGGCAGAGCAGGAUAGAAUUUGGGUAACAGUUCAAGGAGGAGAACAUGACGAACAUGACGAAUAUGUCGAUUUAUUCGAUUCGGCUGAGGUUUUCAAUAGACAACUAUUGAAAUGGACCAUAAGACAAGCAUUCCAAUUUAAGAUAAAAAAAAAUCAACGAAGGAGUGUCCUCGGUCAAGUUGUCAGCAGAGAGCUAGAACCAAAUCAACGUUUUGUAGGUUUAGCUCAAUCGGUCAGUUUUCAUUCCAGUGCUGAUUUUGGUCGUCAUUUGAUAGCAAACGUUGAAAUACCCUUCGAAACCAAGGUCGCUGAGUCUAGGGCAUAUGCUGCUGUCAUCGACCACACCACCAACGGUUAUUGCGUGACAUGUCUUGGUGAAAUCCCAUCACGCGAAGAGAGUCAGGACACUGGAGUCUUUUCACAGAAAUGUACUGCGUGCAAUAUCGUUAAAUAUUGUUCAGAUGAUUGUGUAAGAAACAACACUACGCAUGUUUACGAGUGUGGAUCAGCCUACCACGCAAUUAUUUUCGGCACAGAGAUCAUCAUGAAGCUGGCCAUACAAUUGGUCUUCAAGGCUUUGGCAUUACAUGCCGGAAAUAUUCGAAGGCUAAGAAAUGUUGUAGCUAGAAUACUUGCUGACAUGAACAAUAAUAAUGCAGUUCACAUGGCGACCAUAAGAGAUGAAGCGCAGAGAUUUGAAUGUAUAAUGCGGCUCACGGCCAAACGAUUCUAUCCCGAAUUCCAUCGACAAGUUUAUGAAACUUAUGCCACGAUAAUGCAAAUUCCAAGUAUAGCGGAACGUUUUGAGGGUCAGAGUGACAAAAGAUUCCUACAACAUUUGAUCGGUCAUUUUUUGAGAAUAGCUAGCAAUAACUCAUUUGAAAAUGAGUUAAUCUCAAACGUUUACAUAUGCACACUGUAUGACACAAUUUCUUUUUUUAACCACUCUUGUGCGCCGAACGUCACGAUUUGUAUGGAAGGUGGCACAAUGCAUUGCAUUGCAUGUCGGGAAAUUAAAGCAAAUGAGCAACUUUUCAUAGAUUAUUGUGAGUUUGAAACAGAAACAAGAGCAGUACGACGAAGAAAAUUAAGAGAAUCUUGGAAUAUUAAUUGCGUUUGCGAACGAUGCGAAAAUUCUCCUAUCACUAGGGCACAAAUUGAUGAGGCAAAGUCAAAGAAUUUAAAUCAGCUUCAGACUUUUCUGCGUGACAAGAAUCAGUGGACGCAGGAGAUAGCAAUGGAUUCAGCUUAUUUUUGGAGAGAGUUUUUUUACAUCAUUUUUUUUGUGUGUGCUGGAAAUCGGUUCAAAAUCUUGUAAAAUUCAACGAACUAAAUUGAAUAAACGGAAAAGGUCUAAAAAAAUUGAAAGCAAAAAUCAUUGAAUCAAAUGUGUUGAAAUAAUUCACCAAUCUCGUGUAAGCAUC